CCAGGCAAAGACGGCAAUUUUUUAUAAUUAAUAAUUCGUUAACUGUUGCGAAAAUUACAAAAUGGUAGAUAACUUUUCGACUCAGUUUGGUCCGCUGUAUCUAUACCAAAAAAAUCCCAAGUAUUCAUAGACACCCUGUAUUCGUAAUUUUCAAUUUUGGAGUAGAAGUCGUGUGGAUGUUAAAUAACUAGAACUUAUUACGAAACUGUAACAUAUUAAAAAACUGUAACAUAAAAGUUGUGCACAUAUAUUUCCAUUUGACGUAUCGAGUAAACAAAAGUGACGUAUCUAUGGAAACUUUAAUUAUUCUCCUUGAAGUCGAUUUCUAUCUGUAAGUAAAACUGGGCUCGUACUUUCGUUGGAUGUCAAUAUAAACGAACGUACAUUUAUAACGAUAAAACGAGAUGUCGGAGGACAAGUCACAGGAAAGCGACGGGGGACAGCGAGAAGUAGGAAGAAUUGAUGGCGGAGUACAGGAGAGAUUCUACGACUCGAAUAAAUAUAUAUCCGGGGCAAGACGCGUGCCGAAUGGGACCGUGCCCAUCAACAUUUUACAGUUUCAUCAUUCAUUUUCAUACGAUUGUCAGAGGUAUUUUAAUCUUUGCGUGGUAAAACCAAAUAUCGUCAUUUUCGUGUCUGGUAAUAUUCUACAUUUCUUGAACACCGCAACAAACGAGCUGUGGUUUAGAAGAGGAUACACAGGUGGUGGAAUUGGACAUGUGACGAAAAAUCCAACGUGUGACCAUAUUGCUGUUGGCGAAAAUGGUAUUAAACCUCCUAUAAUAAUUUAUAAAUGGCCUUCAAUGGAGAUCGUGACAAUUUUACAUAAUGGCACAAUGAAGUCCUACUGUCAUUUAGUAUACAGGUAUCUUAUAAAAGAUUCGCAUUUAUUGCACGUUGUAUUAUAUGUUUCGAGUACUAGAUUUACGUAUUUUACACAUUUUUGCAGCACAAAUGGUUCAUUGCUGGUGUCGCAAGGAGGAGAACCAGAUUACACACUUACCCUUUGGGACUGGCAGAAAUCUGAAGUAACAUUGAAGUGUAAAUCUUACAAUCGGGAUGUUUACAAUGUGACAAUAUCCCCGUCGUUAUCUGGAUAUUUAGCGACAAGUGGCUCGGGACAUAUAAAAUUCUGGAAAAUCUCCGAGACGUUCACCGGGCUUAAAUUAAAAGGCGAAAUUGGUAGAUUUGGUCAGACAGAGAUCUCUGACAUCCUGGGUGUAUAUAUCAUGCCAGACGGAAAGGUUGUAUCAAGCUGCGAAUGGGGAAACAUUUUACUGUGGGAAGGAGGUUUAAUUACUCUUGAAAUAUGUCGAAAAAAUCGACAGCCGUGUCAUACUAAAGCGAUCACACAAUUUGAGUAUAUAAAUGGAGAGCUUAUAUCAGUUGGUAUGGAUGGAUGGAUUCGAAUUUGGUUCUAUGAAACUAUAGAUCAAGCAUAUUCUCACAAUGGGGAGCGUUUCCUAGAGAUUCAACCUAUCUAUGAGUAUCACAUCAUUGAAACUGAUGGAACAAAUGGUUCGAUGUUAAUGUGUAUAUGUAAGCAGGAAUCAGACAAUCCAGAAAGUACAUUCUGGUAUGCUCAAGAUGGAAAUGGUGGAAUUUGGCUAAUAGAUUUACAUACCUUAAAAGCAGAGCCACCACAAAAAAUAUUUACAUGUCAUGCAGGAGCUGUAGUCGAUAUGGAUAACUCAACGUGGGGUCCUUUUAUAGCUACCCUUAGUAAAGCUGGGCAGCUGUGCAUUUAUAAUUACCUAAAGAAAAAGUUAAUUCUGGUGCACAAAUUUAACGACAUUGGUAGUCAAGUCGUCUGGUUCCCAUGCCGGAUUGAAGCAACAGGCUCGACACUCGCUUGUGGUUUCGAAAGUGGUGUUAUUCGUAUAAUUGUUGUAGCGAUAUCGGUAGCCGAUGCCAAUGACAAUGUAAAAGGGGAUUAUGUCAGGCUGAUUCAAGUCAUAAAACCACACAAAAUGGCAAUAACCGCGAUGUCUCUAAAUCCAUCGUGCAGAUUACUGGUGACUGGUAGUGAAGAUUCAACUGUGUUUAUUUUCACCAUUACAGUGACCGAAAUGUUUCCCAUCGUUACAGCAAUCGGGUUCAUCGCAGUACCAUCGGGAGUCACGUGUUUUACGUGGAAGCCGCAAUGUGAAACGACAUUAUUAAUUGGAUGUUCGCAAGGUGAUUGCGUAGAAGUUGUAUUACCAAGCACACCUCAACCCUACACCACUGCUUCGUAUGAACUCGUACAGUGUCGACCGAAAGCAUUCAAAUUUCAUUCAGUAAAAUCUGCCAUUCGAAGAGAAUUAAUACGCUUGCAACGAGAAAAAGAGAAGAAAGAAAAGAUAGCGAAGAAACGUCAAGAGAUAGAGCAAUUAAUAGCUGAAAGUCCCGGACUAGAAAUUAACGAAGAGGCAUUUUUCGGUCAUUGUAUAGAAGAGGAAGAGCCAUUACCAGAAAUAUAUGUGCCAAAAAUACCAAAUAAGAUAUUACUAGCGCAAUAUAUUGAUCGCGAUACUAUUUGGUUGUCGAUGGCAGGAUUUGAUGCGGGAUAUAUGUACGAAUAUCCAAGUCCGGAAAGUACUGAGACCGUCGGGAAGGAGCCUUUUAAAAGUACUGUAAUACAUGACGCGGAGGACGCAGAAAUACGAAGCUGCCUCUUCUAUAAAGGAAGAAAGUACUUGUUUCUGGGAAUGGAAGAUGGACAAAUACGGGUUUGCAGAUGGAAACUCGAAAAUUAUACGGAUCUCUCAGACUACUGGACACUUCCGAUGCACGAUAAUUGUAACGGUUACAUCCCAAAAAUGAUCCUCAGUCGCGACCAAAGGAUACUGUUCACAUGCGGAUACGACGGGAAUUUAUUUUCUUACGAAAUAAACGACAACACGCCGCCCGAAAAAGUUGAAUUUGAAAAGACCAAAGAGAUUUUGUCUCUGCCGCAUACUAGUAUCGAAGACAUUGAGGAACUUGAUUAUGUAAGUCUGGAAGAGACGAUUCAGCAAGCUGAAUAUGAUAGAAUUGCAACUGCAGCAAAGCAGAGUAAACAACAGACUUUGGAGUUGUUGCUGAAAUUAAGCGAGGAAUAUAGCAAGAUUGUGGAAAGGAAUAACGCGCUACCGAAGUCUCAUCAAAUAACUUACAAAGAAUUGGAGCUAGAUCCUAGAAUUACAGCUGACCUAAACAAAGAGUUAGAUACGGAAAUGGCUGCGAUACGCGAGAAAUUAGCGUUCAAAGUGGAGAAGAGCGAGCUUGGAUUACAAAAGCUUCUAGAUCACUUUGUUCAACCGGUUACGUGCUUACCAUUUGUCGUCUGCAAAAUAUCGAAACCAGAUUGCGUCGUAUAUUCUUUGCGCCAACGCGUCUUGGACAUUGACGUUACUUUGCCGCAUAUUAACACGACAAAACAUACGCACGUGUCCGAGAAAGAAGCAAAUGGAAACAGUAUAAUGGAUGAUGAAGUGCAACAUUGCGAGGAGAAGCAAGAAGAAGAAGAAGAAGAUAAAGCGGAAACGGACGAGAAAAUUGAGGUAGCGAAAACGAGACCAAUUACGGAUUUCUUACAAGGUAUAAAUUACGAAGACAUCGACAGCAGCCUGGCAAUUCAGUUAAAUCAAAUGUUACGUAAAUAUCACUUGAGAAAGACAAAACUGGAACAACGCGAAAAGGAAUGGCAAAUUAUAUACAACGAGAAACCGGAUAUAUCUAUCACUCAUAUGCACGAUGUACUAGCCAUAGAGGAAGCGAAAAGAACCAUCGGUGAUUAUAAAUUAAAAACAUCUUCGUCUUACAAUUUAUUGUCGGAAGAACGAGAUACUCUCUCUUCAAAAUAUAAGGAACUGUUAAAUAGCCGAAAAAAGCUUUAUUAUCAGCAAGAAGCUUUUAACACAAAACUGACAGCUGUGAGAACGGAAAAGGAACAUUUACACGCGGAAGUUCUACAGUCAAUAAAAUCCCUCAAAAAAAUUCACGCCGAGAUACCGUUAAAAAGUGUGAAACCUUUGCCAGUUGUUCCUGCGUUAAAUGUCAAUAUAGAAUUUCCCGAGAAGAAAAUAACGAUCGAGGAAUAUACAUUGAAGGCAGAUAGGCAAAGACGGACGACAGUUUUACCGGUGCAAACACCUCGUUGUUCAGAUGAAGAAUACGAGGUGCUGCUACUUGAUGAAAAAUUUCCAGAAAACGCAAAAAUUUCUGGUAGACCGUUCGCGUUAUUUCCCAUUACAGAAAGAAAAAUAAAAGUUCCACCUGCUGUCCAAGAUAAUAUGAAGUCACUUUAUUUGAGCGACAACACCGAGAGUCCGUGGGAACGAGAACUGAAAUCCUCUCGUGUGCUACGCAAGAUAUACGAACAGGAUUGCAUGCUGCGACACGUGCAAACCAGCUGCGAAAAUUUAGACAAGAAAUUGGGCAUAUUGGAGCGCGAUAGAUUGGACAUCGUUGCCGAGAACGUCAAUCUUAAUUUAUUUCUGUUGACGCUCCGUCAGGAAUAUAUUAUCUUGAAAGAGUACGAGACAAUGGAGAAUGUGCUGCACGACCAAGUUAAUCGUAGCUCGGAAGAGGUGGCAGCGGUGAGGCAGAAAAUACAUGCAGCAACCGACAAGAUUGAUAUUAAAGCCAAGGAAAUUAUCAAAUUACGUAAUCAGAUUAAAGACAUCCUUUCCGAAUACAUGUAUAAAAUAAAUGACAACAAGUUCCGUCGUUUCUUACGUAAAAUAUUGAGGAAGAAGUAUAAAGUAACGAAGGAAGAAGAUGAGACCACUACAACAACGACCGAGACGGAUUCGGAUGAAACGGACGAUGUCGACAAUGGAGAAGCCGAGUUAAUUUAUCUCGAUGAAAGCGUAUGUCCACCGGGAUGUGAUAAAACGUUAUAUGAUUUAGCAUUUACGAUUAGAGAAAAGCGAUACGCAUGCGAACACGAAAUCAGAGAUGUGCAACGAGUUAUGGAAGCCCUUCAUAAGGAGAUUCAAAUUCAUACGAAGAAACUGAAAAUUAUAGAGAGCAGUUUGAAGAAGAACGAAAACGAUCUACAAAUGUUUAUGCUUAAGAAACAGCGAAAAUUAAACGACGUGGAUGUCACGGUGUUAAUAAAAUUACAUCAGCUGCAGUACUUUCAAGAGUCACAUAUUCCAUCGAAGGUGCACGAUUGCGUAAUGUUUGAUAAGAAAAAAUUAUCUAAAUUAUACGCUCGAAUACAAGAGUUACACGAGGAAACACUUGAAUUGCAUGCUAAACACAAACAUGCCCGAAUGCAUCUUCAGCGAAUUAAAUUCGAUUGCAAGCACAUGCGUGUCAAUAAUAAAAAUUUGAAAGACGAGAUUAAGUUGAAAAUAAUGAAUAAAUUUGGCCAGAAUAUAUCCUUAAAUAAUUUAUACGAGACGAUACUUCGGCGAUUAGUAUUUGAUAUUAAAGCCAACUUGAGCGAGACAACGAUGUAUUUCACUAGACGAAUCAAGCAUGUUAAAGAAAAUUACGCACAGGAAUUAGUCAUAUUUAACAAGUUGAUUCGGGAACAUACGCAAAAGCUGAGCUUUUUAACAGUUUUAGUGGAAGAGCAAACAAAACUUCAGAAAUUAUCCAAGCAAUGCAUUAUGUCAGAUGAAGAAAUGUUGCAACUGGAAGAGAAAUACAAAAGUGAUAUAGUAAAGUUGGAGAAUAUCCUUGAGAAUCAAAUGCGACAGAAAUGUCUUUUUCGAACUGACAUUAAGAAUCUUAAAUUAAAAACAAAGCCGCAACAUCCAGUUUAAGGAAAUGAUAUCCAAUGAUUGAGGAACAUCUUGAUCGUAUUAUAGACAAGAGUGGACAAGAAUAUAUUUUAAUAUUAAAAACAACUUUAAAAUGUUAUGUUAUUUUAAUAUUAAUAACAACUUUAAAAUGUUAUGUUACUGUGUGCGUUAUUCAAGAGAUAAAUAGCAGUUAACUAAAUACAGUUAAUGGAGUGCGUAACUGUAUUCACUGUGUUCACUUCAUAACUGAUAAUCAUAAAAUAAAUUGUU